CCGUGAUGCUCCAUGAUCCGCGACAUCCAACCAAGUAUCUUGAUAAACUGUAUGACGAAGAUCACGAAGCUCAUGACCAAGCUUCCACGCACGAUACUUACUUGACCAGCAUUCACCACACUGCUGGAGAUACCAGGAAGGCGAGGAGAAAUAUCACCGCAGCAACCUCACCUUUGGAGACGGCAAGACUGCGUUCUUGCAUCAGUGACCGCCGUCGCUCACAUCACGUUCGUAAACCCGAAUAAUGCUCUCUCAUGUCGUAACUGCAUCAUACCAGGAAAAGUCGACUUCACCUCAUCUUCAGCAAAAAGCUCCGUCGCCUCACCGCUCAAGGAUGAGUCGCUUUCACCUCAUCGUCAUGCCUAAACCGGUUCGCAACCCCACAGCCCUGCAACCCGACGUCGCUGCACUCAUUGACCUCACCUUCACCAACAGCUCCACAAGCCAAACCUUACCCGCCGACCCGACACUCAAAAACCCAGAUCGCAGCCCACCGCCAGCAGUUCACAGCGGCCGCACUCAACUUACCAAUUCAACAGCGUCACGCAUUGAACAACUGCUCUCACACUCACCCUCACUGAACAGCUCCGCAGCUCGCCCUCGUAACGCGCAGCACCUAGCAGCCCGCACCUCGCACCCACCAACCCUACAAAUCAUCGAAUUUUACCCCCGCACCGCCACCAUCGGCGCCCAAUAUUUCGUUGUGUGCCGCACCGCCGACCAAGAUCAUCCCGAACGCUUUGUCCAAUUCCUGCCCGCAGGAACCGUCCGAAUCGAUCUUAUAGCCAUCUGGCUCGCGGAACAGAAAGCAGCCGAACGACGCGCGCGUGACGCAGCGGAAAACCGGGUGAAGCGCGCACCGUACUGCGCAGUCUGUCGCGAGAAGGUGGAUGUGGUCGAGGACAACGUUGUGGUUGCUUGUUGCGGUAUGUAUCGAUGCUUGGGAGCUGCAAGGACGAGCAGGGUUGACGUAAAGCAGAUUCGGCGCUCUGCACCACAUGCUCUGGCUUCUAUAGGAAAGACGUUGCGCGUGGACUCCAAGCACAACCGUGUUCAUGGUGCGGCUGAGUUGGGGGGGAACCAUGGACGAGUCUGGGGAGUCUGGGCGAAGCUGGGAAAGCAAUGCGGGCAUCAUGGACGCUGA